UGUGGUGAUUGGCUCAAAGUUGAGGAUCGCGGCUACGUUGUGUACGUAGCAAAACUGUUUCCCUUUUGUGGGGCUCCUCCUUUUCUUCUCUCAUUUGUCAUUCUAUGUUCCAUCACUUCAUCAAACGCACAAACAAAUGUUAACAACACAUUGCUCCGAUCCUUAUUAAUUAUUGAUGUGAUUCCAUUCAGUUACUCAUGUUUGCUGCAUCCUAUUCUUCUUCGAUUCCUUUCUGUUACUGCUGCAUCCUCUUUGUCUUCUCUCUCUCUCUAGUCUACUCUCUUCCUCCUCCUUCUUUUGUCCGUUUUCCUUUUUCUCUCCCUACAAUAAUUGGAAUCAAUUUUCAUAUGUUGUUUAUCACUUGAGUUAAAGUUUCAAACUUUCACUACUCCUUAGAAAUGGGGCUUGACCAUCAUGCAAUUUGUGGUCUAAGAAGGCUUGGCUUUAUUUUUAGCAUUUCACUUUUCUUCUUGAUUAUUUCAAGCUGGAUGCAUCAUGGGUUAGUUACUGAAGGAAGAAAGACUCACAAACAAAGUGGUUUUCACCAGGGAGUAAUAGAGGAGGAUAAUAAGAUACUGAGGGCACAAAUAGGGUCAAAGCCACCAAAAUGUGAAAGAAGGUGCAGUUCAUGUGGACACUGUGAGGCAAUUCAGGUGCCUACUAAUACUAACCUCCAAAUUCAGAAAGGGAACAUAAAUCCUCCAAAGCUUUUUAAAAUUGCAUAUGCAAGAGGAGAUGAUAAAUCUAAUUACAAGCCUAUGAGUUGGAAGUGCAAAUGUGGGAACCUAAUUUUCAACCCAUGAAAUAAAAUUAUUGCAAUAUAGCUCCAAAGUAAUUUCUAGUUUCUGUUAUGUAAAUGAAAAAGGAUACCAUGUCAAUUCUGUAUAUGUAAAUUCAAUUUUAAAUUGUUCUUACUUUCCAAGUUCCUGCCUGUGAGGAACAAGGCUUUUGUUUAUUUAUGUUUAUUAGG